AUGCGUCGAGCUGUAUUUCAAACUCUGCAUGGACUCUCCCACCCUGGGAUCCGAGCCUCUCAAAAGCUCCUCGCGGAAAGGUUUGUCUGGCCUGGCAUGAACAAGGACGUCAAAGCUUGGGCCCGGUCGUGUCUGAGCUGCCAGCGCAACAAGGUGCAGCGUCACAACAAGUCCCCAUCAGGCACAUUCCCCAGUCCCGACGCACGGUUCAGCCAUGUGCACCUGGAUGUCGUAGGCCCCUUGCCUCCAUCCAAUGGUUUCACCUACCUACUUACCUGUGUCGAUCGAUAUACUCGCUGGGCUGAAGCUAUUUCUUUGCCGAAUGUUCAGGCUGAAACCAUCGUGAAGGCCUUCGUCAGUCGUUGGGUCGCCAUGUUCGGUGCCCCAUCCACGGUUACGACUGAUCGUGGUGCCCAGUUUGAGUCGGCACUCUUCCAAACGCUACUCAAUUUCCUUGGCUGCACACGCAUUCGGACGACAGCCUACCACCCCGCUGCCAACGGUAUGGUGGAACGUUUCCAUCGCCAGCUAAAGACCGCCCUGCGUGCCGUAGAAGACCCAGGAAACUGGUCGGACAACCUUCCUCUUGCACUCCUCGGCAUCCGCGCAGCUCUGAAGUCGGAUCUGGGCUGUAGCGCAGCUGAAUUGGUUUUCGGCACUACCCUCCGACUGCCAGGCGAGAUGAUCACCCCAACCUCUCGUGGAGCCGACGAGACUCCUGACAAUCUUGUGCACCGUUUGCGGCAAUUUAUGCGCUCGCUUUCCCCGGUUCCACCUCGAACUCCUAUGACUGAGUCUUAUGUCGAAAAAGACUUGGACAAGUGUACUCAUGUGUUCGUCCGGUGUGACCGUGUGCGCCGGCCGCUGGAAUCCCCUUACGAAGGACCGUUCCGUGUGCUCGCGCGCAACGCCAAAACCUUCCGGAUUCUUCGCAGUGACAAGGAGGACGUGGUCAGUGUCGAUCGGGUCAAGGCUGCUGUUGCGGAGGAGCCGCCGGACCUGUCACAAGGACAAACAUGUGCUGACCCCCUAACCCCUGUUCCUCCAUCUUCCCUAUCCCCUACUCGUUCACCCUGCCCACUGCCUUGCCCUUCCCCUCCCUUGCCCUUUACCCGUCCGUCCCGCAUACUUCCUCUCCCUACAUGUCAACAGCAUCCAACUGCAACACCAUCGUGCACCGCAGCACGCAGUCAACCCUCUUCGACUGUACCUCCUGCAUACAUAACUCGCAGUGGCCGUCACGUUCAUUUUCCCGAUCGUUUAGUUACCCAUUUUUUCUAG